AUUCACCUAUUUCCUAUAAUAACAACAUAACAGUACAAUUUUUUGUUUUGUACAAUUGCAAGUGGUUUUCUCUGUCAUUAGGUAUGCACUUGUCUUGAUUGCUAUGUGCAACGUAUGAGAUCUCAUUGGAAGAUAUAUACCUCUAAUAGAAUGUCUUAAGGAUAAAAUCAAGGAAAGGCCUGAUGGCUGUAAUUCUUUCUCGUUUCUCACUAAUUCCGGCAUUCUACCUUACUGCAAAAUAUGGAGACCAAGGUUGGAUGAUACUGUUGACAUCUUUCUUAAAUGGUCACCUUACAGUCUGUGUUAUGACUGAAGCACCCACAGGUUACAAGGGACCUGAGCAGAAUGCACUUGGAAAUCUGCUUGUCACUUUUCUUCUUGCUGGUAUAUUCUCAGGAGUUGUACUUGACUGGCUGUGGCUCAUUGAUAAAGGCUGGUGAUGAUGAUGUAGUGGCUUAAAUAUUUCAAAUUUCUGAGCAUUAAAAAAAGUAUUUCUCAUUUUUGUAGUUUAAAGGGUUAUUUUCAGUAGCUCCUUUUACUUGUAUUCAGGUGAGUAGUUCCUCAAUUGAAUAUACACUGAAAGAUGGUUUUUAAUGGGAUUGAACCAUCAUUCAUACUUCUGUUUCACUUGUAUUUUCUCUUAAACUUUGAAAUCAUA